CUUAUUCUAUAUUCAUGAUAUGCAUACACACUAACCAAUAACAAGCCUGUGUAUCUGUAUCCCAAGGAACCCAAUCCCUGCUCUUGUAACUUCCCCCAUUGGCUGUUACCCCAUUGCAGUCACAUCAUUGUAUCACUGUGUGAGGUUCUAUUUAUCCUUUGUAUGUGAAUAUCUCCCUGUAGGUGCAGUUCUGGGCAUCUUUACUUCUUCCCAACGUGCCCUCGCUGGCUCUGAUGUUCUUCUGCCCUGCAGCUUCCAAGUGGAUAAACCCCCCCCAAACCCUGAACCCCCAACUGUAAUCUGGUACUUUGAGCAUCAGGAAAUUGUAAGAUCUGAUAACAAAGGUUUGUCCCUCAGCCCAAGGGCUUCAUUCAAUGGACAGGCAGCAAAUAUGGGAGAUGCCUCCUUGUCUCUGGCCAACGUGUCCAUCUCGGAUGAAGGGAUCUACAGGUGUCACGUGAUCUAUCAGCAGCAACCGAGAGACACCCGGGUCAUAUUAGAGGUUCUUGUUCCCCCACAGAUCCGUAUCCCCAGUAAAGUUAUCAGUAAGAAUAAGGAGAACACUCUGAUCUGCACGGCCAAUGGUUUCUACCCAGUGGAUAUUGAUGUGAGUUGGUAUAAAGACAAUAAGCACCUUACAGACUCCCAGUUGGACAAACCUGAGAGGAACCCAGACGGCACAUACAGAGUGAGGGGCACCGUGACGUUACCCCCAAUGGAUGGGCAGUUGGACCAUAACUUCUCCUGCAGAGUCCAACAUCUCUCUCUCCAGCAGCCUCUCCAGGAAGAUGCCCAGUUGGAGUAUGAAGAUAACAGCGCCGGCCCUGUGACUGUGGCCUGUGGCAUUGCUGGGGGGGCUGUUACUGGUGGGAGGUGUAAUUGGUGCCGUAAUAUGGAAACAGAGAAGGAAAGCUCCGUUACAGGGUUACUCGGUGAGUGGGAUUAAAGGGCCAGAGAAGCUGUUGGAUGGAGAAGAGGCCACUCUGUACUGUACGGCCACUAACUGCCCCCAGGGGGACCCACAGGUCACAUGGAG